AUGUCCAUCUCUCGUGCAAGCAGUAAGGCUUCUGCACAAGACCGGGUUAGCAGAACCGCCUGCAUUCGAUGUCGGCAGAAGAAGAAGAGAUGUGAUCAGCAGCUACCAAAAUGUCGUUUGUGUGACCUCGCAGGGGUUGAAUGCUUGGGUUACGACACCGUUGCUAAGAGGCAAGUGCCUCGGAGUUAUAUUCAUAGUCUUGAGGAGCGAGUAGCGUACCUUGAGAACAAGCUGCAGUCCUAUCGCUCUCGUGAUGACACAAGCGAGGCUCCACAAGGGAUCUCACCGUCCUCUACGGCGCAGUUAUCGGAUGCAGGUAAUCUCAGAGGUUCUAACAACGAGCCAGGAUUGCCCGUUGAGCGGAAUGUCGAGACUGCAGCGGCAGCGAGGGCCACGGCGGCCGGGGUGGCAAGGCUAGCUAGGCAAGCCACUGGCCAGGAGCCCUCCUUCUUCAAGCUUGCCCUAGCCGGCAUUAUGAACGCAGACAUGAGCCCCAAGACUCCCCUGCAUCAAGACCAACCCCGUGAAGCGGAACACACAUCUGCUAUCAUGGGUGACUUGGACGCCAAUCCCAUAUCUCUACCCUCUAAAGAAACGGCCCAGAACUUGGUCAACGCAUAUUUCCAUUAUCUGGGAAUGGCUAUGCCGUUACUACAUACGCCCUCCUUCCAGAAGAAAGUGGACAUGCUCUAUACACUGCCGCGGGCUAUUGACUUGGCCGAAACCCAUACCGCCACAGAUGUGAGGUUGGCCAUCUUUUUCGUUUUCGAGGUCUUUGCUGUGGCCCUGCUGGUCCUGCAGAAACAAGAUCCAUCGAGAGUGCCAACAUGGCUGGCAGACCGAUAUCAUAAGACUGCCAUGAUGGGUCUGGGUGAAGCUGGGAUGCCGAACGAUCUCGAGGGAGUGCAGGCGCUGCUGCUGAUUAGUCAGUACUCGCACUAUCAUCCUACAGCUUGGAGUGCUUGGAGGGUCAUCAGUCAAGCGGUUCGCCUAGCAGUGGAAUUGAAGCUGAACCAAGACCCGCCAGACGACUUGGACUUCCUUACGCGGGAUAAUAUGAGACGGACGUUCUGGGUGGCUUACGCUAUGGACCGGAAUAUCUCAACAACAAUGUGCCUGCCGUCCUGCUUGUCAGAUGGAGCAAUAACCACAAAAUAUCCGAGUGACGUGGGUGACGAACACAUCACAUCAGAUGGUCAGCAAGCAGCUGAUGCACCGGCCUCUUUCUUCAAACGGAUCUAUUUGCACUACUUGCGAUAUCGUCGGAUACAGUCCGAGAUGGCAACGGCCUUGUACCAAGCACCGCCUCCUCCAUACCAGCCCAUCGACCUAGACCAGUGGCAGCAGGCUAUGCACGGGCGGAUCGACAGCUGGUAUAAGGACUCGCCGGUUGUAGAAGGCCUGAGCAACGUCGUCAAGGGCGUCAUCGAGACCUUUGAGGUCAACUACCAACAUGCAGUGUUCUACCUGUACCGGCCCACGCCCAACAUCCCGGCGCCGUCGGGGUCGCAGCUCGUGACCAUGACGAACGCGGCCGUGGAGAUGAUCAGACUGUACCGGCACUUCUUCCGCGAGAACAAGCUGAACCUCUACUGGCAGGCGGUGGAGAACCUGUACUCUGCGGGCACGGCUCUCAUGUACGCGUACGGCCACUCUCCAGAGGUGCGGGAGCUGUUGUCGUUCCGGUCUCUCGAGUCGUACGUCCAUACUUGCUCGUCUGCCCUGUGGGGCAUGGUCGAGAGAUUCCCUGCGUUCAAGGGGAAGAGAGAUGCGUUCGACCUGGCUGCCUCUCAGAUCCUCGCAGACCUCGGCGCCACCUUCGCAAAUGCUGGCCUGGCGACGGCGCCAGCGGUGUCAUGGACGCCUUACGAGGGCGGCGGCUUUGGACUGCCCGGCGACGGCAUUAUGAUGGAACAUAGCCGAGUAUCACCACCCGAGAGGGCUGGUGGCAGAUAUUUCUCGUCCGAGGGCUUCCCUCCCUCACAGCCGUCGCUCUUCGAGGGGCCAGACACCAUGCCGCAACACGGUCAGCAGGCCGAAUUUGCAUUACCACCAAUGGUGCCGGGCGGAGAUCUCGAAGCGCGUGCGCAGAUGGACACCUUUUCUUUUACGGACUUUGAUGACCUUUCUAUGGCUUGGGAGGCUGCGGUGGGUGUGAAUGGGAGCUUCAAUCCGCCUUGGAUAUGA